GGCGGGGGGAGGCAGGCAAGCGUAACAGGCGGGCACCCAGCUUCCCCAGUCCAGCCGCGGCCCGCAGGGUGCCGGCCUUUCGGAGACUGGAGCGGGCGGGUAGAGACGGGCCGGGAUGCGAGCGGCUGCCCGGUGAAGAGGGGCUGCGGCGGGGGAAGGAGAGGGGAGUCCCCUCAGCGGCGGGCCUGCUCUGGCCGCCGUGCCCCGGGCCGCAGCGUAGAGGGGCCGGCGACAGAAGCCGGGCUGUGCAGCGGAGCCCUGCCGCCUCCUCCUUCCCUCCCGCCCUGCGUUUCCCCCUGCCGCGCACUCGCCGCCUCCCUUCCCCUGGCUCCAUCCCUUCCCGGUUGAUGAGGCGCUCCCCUUCCCUCUGCUGACCCCGCGGACCCCGGCCUGGCCGUAGGAUGAGCUCGGAGAGGGCGAGGCCGCUCCGCUCCCCGAGGAGGAUCUAGCUCGGGCGUGAGGCGCCGCCAAAGGGUGGGGGGCACCGACGCGACGCCGCCCCCCGCCAGCCCCCUCGUCCUUCAUGGUGGCUCUCUGCGACCACCAUCUCCGAGCAGACGCGCAGCCCGGCCCUGGGGGCCCGUGUGUGUCUGAACGCGCCGCCUUCGCGGGCGCCCGAGUGAAGUAAAAUGUCCACUCGGACUCCAUUGCCCACGGUGAACGAGCGCGACACCGAGAACGAUGUCGGCUCAUCAGUGGGGGAAGGCUUUUGCGAAAAGCACACGUCCCAUGGAGACGGACGGCAGGAAGUUUCCUCUCGGACUGGGCGCUCUGGAGCUCGCUGCAGGAACUCUAUAGCUUCCUGCACAGAUGAGCAGCCACAUAUUGGAAAUUACAGACUCCUUAAAACAAUUGGAAAGGGGAAUUUUGCAAAAGUAAAACUGGCAAGGCACAUCCUAACUGGCAGAGAGGUUGCCAUAAAAAUAAUUGACAAAACACAGUUGAACCCAACUAGUCUACAAAAGCUCUUCAGAGAAGUAAGAAUAAUGAAGAUCUUAAAUCAUCCAAAUAUAGUGAAGCUAUUUGAAGUCAUUGAAACUGACAAAACUCUCUAUUUAAUAAUGGAAUAUGCAAGUGGGGGGGAAGUGUUUGACUAUCUGGUUGCACAUGGAAGAAUGAAGGAAAAGGAGGCUAGAGCUAAAUUUAGACAGAUAGUAUCUGCAGUGCAGUAUUGCCAUCAAAAGCAUAUUGUUCAUAGAGACCUCAAGGCUGAAAAUCUAUUGCUAGAUGCAGAUAUGAACAUUAAAAUAGCAGACUUUGGGUUUAGCAAUGAGUUUACAGUCGGAAAUAAACUGGACACCUUUUGUGGCAGCCCACCAUAUGCUGCUCCAGAGCUCUUUCAAGGGAAGAAAUACGAUGGACCUGAAGUAGAUGUUUGGAGCUUAGGUGUUAUUCUUUAUACUCUUGUGAGUGGAUCUCUUCCUUUCGAUGGACAGAACUUAAAGGAACUUCGAGAAAGAGUGCUCAGGGGAAAGUACAGGAUUCCUUUCUACAUGUCCACAGACUGUGAAAACCUCCUCAAACGUUUCCUGGUGCUAAACCCAACAAAAAGAGGCACUCUAGAGCAAAUCAUGAAGGACAGGUGGAUCAAUGCAGGGCAUGAGGAGGAUGAACUUAAACCUUUUUUUGAACCAGAAUUAGACAUCUCGGACCAGAAAAGAAUAGAUAUUAUGGUAGGAAUGGGAUAUUCUCAAGAAGAAAUUCAAGAAUCACUUAGUAAAAUGAAGUAUGAUGAAAUCACAGCUACAUACUUACUGUUAGGAAGGAAAUCAUUGGAGUUGGAUGCAAGUGAUUCAAGCUCCAGCAGCAAUCUUUCACUUGCCAAAGUUAGGCCAAGUAAUGAUCUUAAUAAUAGCACUGGACAAUCUCCUCAUCACAAAAUUCAGAGAAGCAUAUCUUCUAGCCAGAAACAGCGGCGGUACAGUGAUCAUGCUGGACCAUCCAUCCCCUCAGUAGUGGCAUAUCCCAAAAGAAGCCAGACUAGUACUACAGACAGUGACCUCAAAAAGGAAGGAAUUCAGUCAAGAAAAUCCAGCAGUACUGCAGUUGCAGGAAGAGGAAUUGCACCAGCUAGUCCAAUGCUUGGAAAUGCCAGCAAUCCCAAUAAGGCUGAUAUUCCUGAACGUAAGAAAGGUUCAGCUGUUCCUAGUAAUAAUACUGCCCCCGGAGCAAUGACACGGCGCAACACAUAUGUUUGUAGUGAAAGAACCACUGCUGAUAGGCAUUCAGUGAUACAAAAUGGCAAGAAGAACAGCCUGACAGAAAUGUCCGCUUACGCAGCUAGCCCUGCUUCAGUUUGUACUACAUCCUUCUCCAGUGUUCGGCUGCGACAUCAGAAGUCGAUGUCCAUGUCAGCCUCUGUGCACACGAAGAUGAUGUUGCCUCCAAUAGACAAUGGCGCAGAUAACUUCAGGCCUAUCACUAUUCCCGAUCAAAGAACUCCUGUUGCUUCAACUCACAGCAUUAGCAGCGCAACCACACCUGACCGUAUUCGUUUCCCCAGAGGAACAGCUAGUCGGAGCACUUUCCACGGCCAGCUCAGAGAGAGACGUACUGCUACCUACAACGGACCGCCAGCCUCCCCCAGUCUGUCCCAUGAAGCAACACCACUCUCACAGACUCGAACCAGGGGAUCCACUAAUCUGUUUAGUAAACUAACUUCAAAACUCACAAGAAGAAACAUGUCAUUCAGGUUUAUCAAAAGGCUCCCGACUGAAUAUGAGAGGAACGGGAGAUUUGAGGGCUCAAGCCGCAAUGUAGCUGUGGAUCAGAAGGAUGAGAACAAGGAAGCCAAGCCUCGGUCUCUACGUUUUACCUGGAGCAUGAAAACCACCAGCUCCAUGGAUCCUAAUGAAAUUAUGAGGGAAAUACGAAAGGUCCUGGACGCCAAUAAUUGUGACUAUGAACAAAGAGAGCGUUUCUUGCUUUUCUGUGUCCAUGGAGAUGGGCAUGCGGAAAACCUUGUACAGUGGGAGAUGGAGGUGUGUAAACUGCCAAGACUGUCCCUGAAUGGAGUUCGCUUUAAGCGGAUAUCGGGAACAUCCAUAGCUUUCAAAAACAUUGCUUCCAAAAUUGCCAAUGAGUUAAAGCUGUAACAAGAAAAAUAGUGAAGUUGGAAAUUAGUUAGCAGUUUCAAGUGUUUUUGAGAAUUCCGAUGGAAAUGUAUAGAAUAACAUUUAGGCAAUAACUUCUGCAUCCUUCUGAAUAGCGAUAUUAAAAAAAAAAAAGGCUGCUGAGCUGGGAGGGAGAGUUGAACUUUUUUAUAAGUGCACUACAGCAUUAAAGUUGCCUACUAUGUAAAAUAUUACCCCUUCUGCUUUAUUUCCAUUGCUCCUAAGUCUUUGACAACAAAUUGAAACACAGAAUAUAUUCAUUUAAAUAUGCCUCCUGUUUGUGUGGAUGUGUGAAUGUACAGUAUGUGUGUAUAAUAUAUAAAGUAUUAUAUGUAAACAAUUCAUUUACAACAUUGAGCUGUACCAGUACCUCUUUUUGGGCUAAUUUUGGUGCUAAAAAUUGAAAUGGCCAAGGAGGAAACACUUGAGUUAAAUAUUUAAAAUAACUGAAGCGAUAACUAGUAAAUGCAGGUUUACAGUUCACUGCUGUGUUAAGAAAAAAAAAAAAGUGUGUGAAGGGUUUGGAUUUACGGUUGUGAACAUUAUUAGUCCUGUUUUCUAAGUAGAUCUCAUGAGAUUAUUAAAAAUUCACUUUUACUGAGUAA